GCUCUGCCCCGCGCCCGCUGCCCUCCGGCCGUUGCCGCGGCCAUGGCGGAGCCGGGCAGGCCGCAGCGGAAACUGUCGAGGGUCGGAGAGAGCCUCUACCGCGUCCUGGGGCUGGAGAAGGGCAGCUCGCCCGAGGAGAUCAAGCGGGCUUACCGGAAGCUGGCGCUGCGCUACCACCCCGAUAAGAACCCGGACGACCCGGCGGCGGCCGAACGCUUCAAGGAGAUCAACAGCGCUCAUGCCACGCUCAGCGACGCCGACCGGAGACGGCUGUACGAUCAGUACGGAUCGCUGGGCCUCUACGUGGCCGAGCAGUUCGGAGACGAUGCCGUCCGUCACUACUUCCUCAUGUCCCAGUGGUGGUUCCAGGCCCUGGCGCUGUGCUGCGGCGUGCUGACCUGCUGCUGCUGUUUCUGCUGCUGCUUCUUCUGCUGUGGGAGGUGCUGCCCGCCCCGUGAAGACGAGUCCUAUAAGUACGUCGACCCCAAGGACCUGGAGGCGGACGAUGGUGGUGACCCACAGGACCCGGUGGAAGCGCAGCCCUCCCCAAGCGGCGCCCAGCCCCUGCCCGCUGCCGGAGCCAGGAGCGAGGCAUAGGGCUGCCUAUGUGCCGGGGGAGGGGGAGGAGGGGGAGUGGAGAGCCUCCUCCUGGACCACCGCCGCUCCCUAGGACCCCAUCAGGGGGCGUGGGGGGGGCACAAUCUCAGGUGAAAACGUCCUGCAGCGCUGUGACCGAGACCGGUAGCACUGUAACCGCGGGGCCGGACCCCCCUGACGGGCGCUGGGUGCCAAACGCUGCUCUGGGGUUGACGG